UAGCACAAAUAAGAUUUAUGUGGCCAAGUCUCUGGAGCACUUAAUUUCUCUUCCAGGUCUCUGUUUUCAGUAGAAACUGCACGUCUUACUUGGGCAAUCAUUUUCCUUUCACGAGUGGCACGGCAAAAGGAUUUGACUGAAGGAAGCAAGAAAAGUCUGCACCAGAACCACAAUUUUCCGACGCAGUGAAGAGGAAAGAUCUAUAACUCUGCACCGAGUGCACGGUUAUUUAUCAUCUUUCUCCCUGGAAUAUCAGAGGAGAAUUGCUUUGCAGUACAGAGCACUACUUGCCAGCAACCCACAGAUACUAGCACCCUGAAGCAAUUAUCCUACCUGCGUAAAUUGAUCGUUCGAUCGGGAUGAAGAUACUCGGGGCGCAAGGUAAUCCUUGUGCCACAACUCCGCAUAUAUUUCUCGUGCAAUUGCUCCUUCUCUGCCUGUGUUCAUUGUUCUGCACCGGUUUCUCCCAAUCAAACCCUACAAAAUGCCCCGGCAGCUCCAUCGAUAUCCCAUCCCCUUUCAACAUCCCUGGCAACUCGAGCAUCUCGAGGAAUCCAGGCUUCGACAUAUCAUGUGAUUCAACAGGGCCAAUGAUAUCGCUCGGUCGCAAGCAGUACAGGGUCCUGGGCAUCUCGCUGCUCCAGGGCUAUGUACGUGUAACCGGUCACACCGUCUACACCCAGUGCCAGCAGAACGCUGGCCCGGUGACCACAAACUUCAUCGACCUUCGGGGCACGCCUUUCACCUUCUCACCCACACUUAACAAGUUCACCGUCGUUGGCUGUGACUCCAUGGCCAUGAUACAAAGCCCGGACGUAACGAGUCGGUACAGGGGAGGCUGCGUGUCGUUCUGCGCUUCUGAGGGAAGCAUCACCAGUGGCACAUGCUCUGGGGUGGGCUGCUGCCAAGCUUCAGUGCCCGAGGAACUCAAGGUACUGAAGUUAGAGUUUACCAGCAUACGGAGCCAACUCCUGCAGUCCUCCGGAUCUUUGGGGAACAUCAGUAAAAGCAGUAGCGCAUGGUGCAGCAAGGCGUUCAUCGUGGACCAAGGUUCCUAUGUGUUCUCCAGGGAUCACUUGGAUAGAAACCUGACGAACCUGCCAAUGGUACUUGACUGGUCUAUAUCCGGCGGCAACUGCUCAGAGGCGCGUAGUGCGCCUCAGACCUACAUGUGCAAGGAGAACACCGAUUGUUAUACCGUGGCAAAUAACACCGCGUACCGCUGCAACUGUUCUGCAGGUUUCACUGGGAACCCUUAUCUGGGAUGCCAAGAUAUUGAUGAAUGCAAAGACAAAAAUAAGUACCCCUGCACGCACAAGUGCAUCAACAGAAUUGGUGGUUUUAACUGUACAUGCCCGAUGGGCAUGACGGGGGAUGGUAAGAAGCAGGGCAAUGGGUGCAGUAGAGAUAAAACACUACUGAUUGCCGCAGGUGGAGGCCUGCCUUUGCUGCUUGUUCUCCUCAUGCUCGGAUUCUGGACCCAUUGGCUUUUCACGAAGAGAAAGCUUGCGAAGAUAAGACAGAAAUACUUUUUGCAGAAUGGUGGUAUGCUCCUGAAGCAGCAAAUGUUUUCUCAGAGGGCGCCGUUGAGGAUAUUCACGUCUAGCGAGCUUGAAAAGGCAACCAACAGAUUCAGUGAUGACAACAUAGCUGGCCGAGGUGGAUUUGGGACGGUCUACAAAGGCGUUCUAUCUGAUCAAAUGGUCGUGGCGAUCAAGAAGGCGCAGCGAGUUGAUCAGAGCCAGGUGGAACAAUUUGUUAAUGAGAUGGUCAUUCUCUCACAAGUGAACCACGAGAAUGUGGUCCAGCUAGUUGGCUGUUGUCUCGAGUCAGAAGUUCCAUUGUUGGUUUAUGAAUUCAUCACCAACGGGGCCCUUUUUCACCACCUCCACAACACAUCAGCCCCGAUGCCGUGGAAGGAACGCCUAAGGAUUGCAGUGGAAACUGCAACAGCACUUGCAUACUUGCACAUGGCUACAGAGAUGCCAAUUAUUCACAGAGAUGUCAAGUCCUCAAACAUACUCCUCGACGAGUGCUUCACCGCGAAGGUCUCCGAUUUUGGUGCUUCGAGGCCAAUGGCCCAUAAUCAGACCCAUGUGACGACCUUAGUGCAGGGGACACUAGGGUACAUGGACCCUGAGUACUUCCAGACAAGCCAACUGACCGAGAGAAGUGACGUCUACAGCUUUGGUGUAGUACUUAUCGAGCUAUUGACAAGGCAGAAACCAAUAUUUGGCGGUAAGAUGGAUGAGGUGAGAAGCCUAGCAUUGCAUUUCAGUAUACUAUUCCAUGAGAACCGGUUGUCCGAAAUUGUAGAUCCUCAGGUAGACGAGGAAGCUGGGGCUAGACAUGUUAAAACUCUGGCACAGCUGGCCUUGCGAUGCUUAAGGCUGAAAGGUGAGCAGAGGCCAAGGAUGGUAGAGGUUGCAGUCGAACUUGAAGCGCUGCGAAGACUAAUGAAGCAACACUGCUUAGUCAAUCCCGAAGAUUGAACAAGAGUGUUGUGUGGCAGACUGCUAGACUUCACAAUUUCAGAUUCAGUUGGUAUAUUGAUGUGGAAAGAUGUGUGAAACAACACCGAGAGCAAAUAAGAGCCUCUUCUUGAGAGUCUCAGUGCGACGAGGAAAUGGAUACUGUUUAUGAACUAAGCUAGUUGUUGUAAUAAUUGGUGGCCCACAUAUGGCUUGCCGGUAUGACCAAAGACAAAGUACUUCUGAUCAUAUAAUUGAAGAAUGAACAACAUUGCAUGGUUAAAAAAAACCAAGCAAAUUGAUCUCCUGUUCAUCCUGUAACUGUAAUUAUGCAAGAGACAAGAGUUUACUUGGUGCUAGAAGGUGAAUAAAUCAUUCCUUGGUUGUAUUUCUUAAAAUAUAAAAGCUUAACAUGUCAAGACGGCAUUGUCAACUUACUAAUUUUUACCUAAAUAAAAAGCCCAGAUAAAUUGGCUCAAGGAAACACCCUUCACAACAACAAGUAUCUUCUUAUCAUUUACAUGAACACAACUUAAGUAAUUAUUCCUACCAGGCUUCUUCCCCUCAGUGUGAGUAUUUAGUGAAGUCAAGUAAUUUCAAUGUGCGGAGGAACACAAUAUGAAUUUACGAUUAAACGGAUUUCAGCGGUGGCGUAUUGGAUCUCACCUAA